AUGCCUCCCAAGAAGACUGCUGGUGCCGCUGCCCCCAAGAAGGCCGCCGCGCCUGCUGCUCACGCUUCGUACAAGGACAUGAUCAAGGAGGCCAUCCUGAAUCUCAAGGAGCGAAAUGGUAGCAGUCGUCAAGCCAUCAAGAAAUACGUCAAGGCCAACAACAAGAUCACCACCACAUCCGAGACUCAAUUCGACUCACUGUUCAACAAGGCCCUGAAGUCUGGCGUCGACAAGGGCGAUUUCUCUCAACCCAAAGGUCCUAGUGGCCCCGUCAAGCUUGCCAAGAAGGAAGCUAAGCCGGCUGCUGAGAAGAAGGCUGCUGCUCCUAAGAAGGAGAAGACCGAGAGCAAGCCCAAGGUUACCAAGGCUAAGACCGCCACCAAGAAGGCUGCCACCAAGACCACCAAAGCAAAGGCAGCUCCCAAGACCAAGACCGCUGCGAAGCCUAAGGCUAACACCGCCACCAAGAGGGCACCAUCAACGAAGGCUAAGGCAACCAAGAAGGAGACUCCCGCCCCAGCCGUCCAAGAUGUGCCAACCGUCCUCAAGAAGACCAGCUCUGGCCGUGUCAGCAAACAGAAGACGACCUCAGGCGCUGCAAAGGCCACCACUAAGAAGGCUCCAGCAAAGAAGGCCGCAGCGAAGAAGGCCACACCCAAGAAGGCAUCUGCAUAG